GUAGACACGACAUCUGCCUUUAUCACUGAGAGAUCUGUUGUGUUUGGAGAGGAUUACAAUGUUACGAUUCCUUGUUCUCUUCACUUUGCUCUCUUUGGUUUUGUCACAGAGAAUUAACCAGAGCUACUCAACUGUCAGGGACCGACGGUUCCUGCAGGUACCUUCCAUCUUAUCUCAAUCUGCCGUUACAAGAAACGAUUUCCGUUUUGACAAGGUCGGAGAAUGCCCUAGAAGUGCUCUAAAAAGACCGUGUUUCAAUGAAUUGUGGUUUACGUUUUGUUUCAGUGACUAUGACUGCCUUGGACAUCAGAAGUGUUGUAUGUAUGGCUGCGGACGUGAAAGACGAUGUAUGGAGGCCAUUAACGUACCACACGGUUGUAAAUAUAAUGGAAUAAAAUACGAAGAGACAUCUGUUUUUCCCUCAAAGGACGGUUGUAAUGAAUGUGUGUGUGAUCGGGGGCAAGUCCAGUGUACCCAGAGGAAAUGUUUGUCGUGUCUAUACAAUGGUAUCUGGUAUACACCCCAGUAUAACUUUAGAGCUGCUGAUGACUGUAACAUUUGUAGAUGUCUACCUACAGGAAAAGUUGAAUGUACGCAGGAAACCUGCAAAAGAAAGGACUGUGCAUACAAUGGACAGCGCUAUAUCGUGGGACAAACAUUUCCCAAGGGGGACAACUGUAAUACGUGCUUUUGUCACAACAAAGGAAUAAGGUGCUCCGAGAUAUCCUGCGAUCGAAAACGUUGUGACCUUCCUCUAGAACGAGGCUCAUGCCGUGCCAGGCUGCCGAGGUGGUAUUAUAAUGUUAAGCUGGGCAAAUGUGAAAUGUUUGAAUACUCUGGAUGUGAGGGAAACAACAAUAAUUUCUUGACUCUGAAGGAUUGUGUGGAACAGUGUGAAUUUUAAAGUCAUUUCUGGCAGAUUAAUGGAUUUUAUUUACAAUAAAGACUGUAAAGACUACUCCUUCUUUUAAUUCAAAAGAUGUAAAAAAAAAAAAAGGAAACGGAAGUCAUAAAACUUCAUCUACUGUUAUCUGACAAAAUAAACGGUUUGUUUAAAAGUC